AUGAGGAUCUAAUAUUGGAAUAUUCCCAUCAAUAAAUGUGAAGAGAUCCAAGAUCCAAGCUUUUUCAAUUAUUUUUUGUAAGCUCAAUAGUAUUAGCCUUAAACUGCUUUAGUAUAAAAUAUUACCCUUAAAAGGAAUAAGUAUACAAAUUCUCUAUUUUAGAUAAAUAGCAAAAAUACCGUUAGAAAGAUAUCAGAUAUCAACUAGCAUAAUUAAAAUAAGAGAGCUUGGAAAUGAAAAUGAGAAGCUUAUUUUCAUUCUUAAUUAGAUAUAAAAAGGAAUCUAGGUUUGGACAAUUUUUGAUUUGUAUCAACAAAAUUCAAAACGUUAAUGA